AUGUCAUCCUCCUCUCUUUCAUAUGUUAAUACAUCGCAAACGAAUAACUGUGAGUGGACAAUAUCCGUAACAAAUUGUUAUGGUCAAGAAUAUUUUCAAGUCGUAUAUGGAGUUACAACAUAUUUAUCGCUUUUUGUGCUCUUAAGUUCUGUGUGGUUGUUAUUAUGGCGCCUCUAUCGCAGCCAAAGUAUGACGUUGUUUAGCAUAAAAGGUUUCUUAUCAUUAGAAGGUUAUUUAUUCACACAGAUAUUCUGGAGUUUUGCUCGGGUGUUUAGCAGCCUUAUAUUAAUCAAUAAUUGGUUCCCAGAACAAUGGAUCUUACGUGAAAUUGUAAUAGACCUAACAUGGUUUCUUGGAUUAGUUUCCGUGGCAACCUAUCUAGCAGGUGUAUUACGUACGAUUCCACGAAUGAAUUUUUAUAGACAAAAUACACAUUAUAAACAUCUUCCAAAUUUUCGUGGCAUAGCGAGUAUAUAUGUGUCAUAUGUUUUGGUGCUUGGUAUAAUUAGCAUUAUUUGUGCCGUAAUGAUAGGAUAUCAUCGUCAAUAUCCAACUGAGAAUUCUGCUACAAUCAUUAAAAAUUUAAUUACAGUAUAUUAUUGUACUGAAUCCAUAAGUACUUUAUUAAUAACUAUUGGAUUUAUAAUUUAUGGUAAUAAAUUGGUUGGAAUUGCGAGCGAGGGUCUACAUUUAUUAGAAGGUGUUAGUGGUUAUCCCUCCUCACCAAGGAAAAGUUCUCGAUACAGUCAUAAUACUAAACGGAGUGCCUAUAGUGGUAUUAGUGCAGAAUUGGAAGUAAAACACAAAAAGUUACAACGUUCUGUAAGAAAAAUGCGUGUAAUCAAUGCGGCAUUCAUUCUAAGUUUUGCGGGUUUAUGUGUGAUUUUAUGUUCAUCUGCCUUCUUGUAUGAGCAAAUUUUUAAGAAUAUCGAAAUUAGCAAAAUAUUGGCAGCUGUCUCAAAUUGGAUGCCAAUGAUGCUGAACGUUAGUGUAAUGGCCGGAAUCGCCUAUGGUGAAAUGAGAAUAUCUGAAAAUUCAGAACUACGAUUUGAUAAUCAGAAAAUGCCAAGUGUUUCAACCUCAUCAUCUACUACACCACAUUUUCUCACGAUAGAACGUAUUUCUUCUGAAGCAGGAAGUUUAUAUCAUUCACGUAAUAAUUCUACAGACUCUGAAGCUCCCCUAUUACGUCGACCCGCUCCCGUUGCCACAAUUUCAUCUCGUAAAGGUUCGGCACAAUUAGAUUCAUCUCCAAAUAAUACUACAUCGUCCACAUAUAUGGUUAUUGGUUCUUCUCCUUUAACAACAUUUACAACACUUUCCAUAUUGCCACCAUCCGAUUCUACAUCAAAUGAAGAGAAGAUCUCGAUAUCUGUAUUACCUUGA